UUGGGUGGGUGGGUGGGUGGACCAGAAUACAGCAUGUGGAGCAGAGCCUGAUGUGGACUAACGAUACAUACAACCAUGAUUCUAUGGAGCCGUACGAGUCUUUCAAACGAAAACCAUAAAAAUAACAUUUUUUAAAAAACCAUCGAAAUACAUGUCAUUAAAAAUGUAUUUACAAGUCCUGUUCACUUGCCAUGAACAAUUUUGCAGUAGUCAAGCCACGAAUCCCCUUAACCGCUGUUCUGCUCUGACUAUGCUCUUUGAGCCGUUGUCAUGGCCUUCACAAGAUGGCGGUCAUUUGACGUAUCAAUGCGUUUCCGCUGAAAACACCACCAUUGAAGAAGAAAAAUCCGGAUGUUAGCAUAACCGCCACCACGCUUCAGCUAACCUACCCGUCGGGGACAAAGCGCGAGCAGGCUUCAAAUUGUGUCCAAUUGUCUACUGCAACAUCAAAAUGUUGAAGGAGUUGGUAAGGAAGCGUCUCAUCGCGGCAGCCGACGAAAUAUGCGAACUGUUUGCAGAAACCAUAGCGUCUUACGAGGAACAACUUCGUCGUCUGAGAGAGGAGACCGAGCUUCAUCGAAGACACCCCAAAGCAAUUUCCAAGACUCAAACUGUGUUACGUGUCCAAGAUGUCCAGCACCAAGGAGAGAGCUCUAGAACAGAGCAGGAGUCUCAUCACGAGGAAGGGGAUUAUCCGCAAUCCCCCCUCGACCUCAAAGAGGAGGAAGAAGAGGCCGUGGUUAGCGACUUUCCGCAGACCGACGUCUUUGACGUGAGCGAAGACGACAUUGACAAUUCGCCCGAUUGGUCGCGGCUUCGCGGACCAAUCGGAGACAGUACGGGAGGACUGGCGUCAGGUGACGUUUUCGCGCCGUCGUCGGACAACGACGACGCGGAAGACCCUUUCAGGAGCGACAACGAACACUUGACAUCUUACGAAAACCGGGCAACUUUCAGUAGCAAAGACGCUUCGCCAAAGCCUAAAAAAAGUUACAUCUGCUCCAUUUGCGGCAGAGUUAUGGCUAGCAAUUCCGUCUUGAUUAUACAUAUGCGAAAACACACGGGAGAAAAACCCUUCGUUUGCUCCGUGUGCGGCAAAGCGUUCAUUCAAAAGUCGCAUCUCGGGUCGCACAUGAUAACGCACACAGGCGAAAAACCCUUCAGUUGUUCAUUUUGCGGUUUAACCUUUAGUUAUAAGUGCAAUUUGAAUAAACACAUGCUGAAACACAAAUGAAAUCAUGCUUUUACACUAACCGUUUUGUGAGGAGCUUUGAAGUAUUUGAAAUUGGCAUGAUUUACUUGAGCGUUGUUGUGUCUGUCGUCUUGUGCUAGGUGUACCAGUUGUUGGUGAAAAAAACUGCUACAGUGAUUUAAAUAACCUUAAUGUAAUACACAUGUUAAGUAGUGCCCCUUUGCUAAUAAUCAUUACAAUGCAUUUUAAAAUAUUUCUUCUAUUCAAGCACAAUGUUCAUGUUAACUUUAGAGUGGCUUACAAUUAUGCAUUUCAAGUCAUAAAGCCUCUACUUUUUUUUUUGCUACUGUAUUUUAAUGACUCAAAUUGAUGUAAUAUCUAUGUAGAGCUAAAUAGUUUGAGAAUUAAGGGCUUUGCUGACAAAUUGAGAGUUGUUGUGUCUGUAAAAUGGCGUUUCCAAGUACUUUAAAGUCACGUCGCCUACAAUGAUAUUAAAAAGUUUGGCCACCCCUGACCGUCGAUCGCAACAUACUACUAGUACUCAGCAGAUUGGAACAGUGGAACACUGUUCUUCACUGGUUCACAUCUUAUUUACAUGAUUGGGAUUUCUUUGUGUCAAUCAGAAAUUCACAUGUGGGGUUCCUGAAGGAUCCAUUUUUUGAAGGACCACUUUUAACAUCUAUAUGCUUCCUCUAGCUCAUAUCAUGGAAGAGUAUGACAUCUAUCACACCUAUGCAGAUGACACACAACUCUACAUUUCUGUGUCCCCGCAUGAUUAUAGUCCCUUGGAGUGGCGUGGCUCAGUGGUAGAGUAGUUGUCCCCCAAACCAGAGGUUGUGGGUUCGAUUCUCCGCCCUGAUGAACUCGUCUAAGUGUCCUUGAGGAAGGUACUGAACCCCACGUUGCUCCUGGUGCUGCGUCACCAGUAGGUAGAUGGCGAGAUAGUGUAAAGCGCUUUGAGCGCCUUGAAAGGUGGAAAAGCCCUAUAUAAGUAUAACACCACUUAGUCUCCCUGAGUGAAUGCAUUCAUCAAGUCAGUGGAUGGAUGUGCCAGAAUUUUCUCCAGCUAAAUGUAGAGAAGACAGAAGUGAUCAUUUUGGGCCAAAAAAGGAAAGGUCAAAGAUCAACACGCACCUUGGCACAAUGUCACUCACAGCGACAAAUCAAGUCAGAAAUCUUGGCGUAAUUAUGGUCUCAGACCUAAAGUUUGACAGCCAUCUAAAGUUUGUCACUAAAUCAGCCUAUUACCACCUAAAACUAUAGCCAGAAUUAAGGGGCUUCUGGCUAAACCACACUUAAGCAUGCAUUCAUUUACAGUAGAUUGGACUAUUGCAAUGGCAUAUGUACUGGUCUUGAUUUAAAAAAAAAAAAAUCAGUCAUGAAGCUGCAGCUAGUACAGAAUGCUGCUGCCAGUCCUUACAAAUACAAGGAAACAGGACCAUAUUACACCGGCUAUGAAAUGGUUAUACUGGCUUCCAGUGAGUCAAAGGAUAGAAAACAAAAUGAUUUGAUUCCUAUGAAGCAUUUAGACCCCUAAGGUCGUCUGGAACCGGUCUGCAAGAAGAACAACCAAGCAGGGUGAGACAGCAUUCAGUCACCUCUAGAACAAGUUACCUCAAGGUCUGAAGUGUACUCAAACUGUUGGCUAAAAACGCUGUUGUUUACCACACCAUAUUCAUCACUGUUUAUAUCUUUCAAGCUAUUUGCUUUUUCAAUUUUAAUUCUCGCGAUGAUUUAAUGUGAUUUUUAUGUAUCAUUUGAUUUCCCUGUUUCAAUUGUCUUUAACUGUCUUUUUGAUGUGAUUUUUACCAAUCAUUUCAUCUCUGCUUCCUUGUGGAUCUUCAUGUGAUGUGUCAAGCACUUUGAAUUGCCUUGUGUUGAAAUGUGCUAUACAAAUAAAUUUGCCUUGACUUGCCUGACAAUUUCCAUUAUUUUCAUUGAAUAAUAAUAGUGUACAAAGAAAAAAGAUUUUCUCUUUAUACAGUUGGGUUUUUUCAAUGAACAAGAUGACACACUAUUCAGGAUCACAAAGCACGGGUGUAGGUUUAGUGUCAACAUUGCAUAACCUGCAUGUACACUUUUUGCAGGGGACGAGACAUUCAUAAUGAUCAGUGCAAAAUCUGUAUUGACUUCUAACUUUUAUGUGUAUUGGUUCAGCCUACGCUGUUCAAUUUAAACCUUUGUUUUCAAAAACUACAAAAGAAACAUUUUGAAAACUUCCAGGAAAAAAUGUCCAGAUGUUAUGAGAAAAUUUAGAUUGCAUUAUUUGAACAUCACCAUAGACUUCAUAAUGUAGACUUUUGAAGUCUAUGACAUCACUUAAAUGAUAUUAACAUACACAAAAAAUACAAGCUUGUUAUUCAUCUCUUAACUAUCCAGGAAUUAAAAACAUUUGCCUAAAGAUCACUCAACAUUGUCUAAAAGAAGAAAUAUAACUGAAAAAACUUUGUCAGGGAAUAACAAAAAUAUAUAACAAUGGAGCCGUCCUUCAGGUAAAAAAAACAGCUGCCUUUGUCCACGAGCGUAGCCAAACUCAACGACAAAAAAAAGAAAGC